AAAUUCCCAAAAUAUGUGUCAUACUCUUUAACCCAUGCAUUUUUUACUAGUUCCAAUAUGGUAUUAAAUACAACCAACUUGUUCCAAUAUGAAGAAAUGUCAAAUACAUAGUAGAAGUGAUGCUAUAGGUAAUUAAUAUUUAUAAAAACCAAGGUGAAUAGGUGUGUGAAGAUAAUGAUAAAAAUAUUACAUUAAUUGUUUCUUAAGAUGUGUGAAAUUUGCAAAGUGGACACUUAAAAUGGGAUGGAGGGAGUAUUUUUUUUGGAAGUUGAACGUAUAUGCACCUUUUAGAGAGAGACGAAGAACAAUCAAGUCAAGCAAGUCAAUCAGAAAAUUUUCAGAUCUCAAGUACCAAGGCUAAAUUAUCAAAUAAUUUUUCAGAUCUCAAGUACCAAGGAUAAUUUUCAUCUGAAAUUAGCCUACAAAUGGAACCCUCUAGUAGCAGUUUUCAGAAAGUGAGGAGCCAACAUGACUCAGGGUCAGGGAUACAAGCUGUGGUUGGUUUUGAGGAUGAUGCAAGAAGACUGGUUGAGCAACUCUUGGGAGGGAAAAAGCAGCUCCAGUUUAUCUCAGUUGUUGGCAUGGCUGGACUUGGUAAGACUACUUUGGUUAAAAAAGUCUUUGAUGAACCUUCGGUAGUCUAUCAUUUCUAUGUCCGUGCCUGGACAACUGUUACACAGCAGCCUAAAAAGAGAGAUCUCGUACUUGGCAUAUUGAAAUCAGGUUUUAAUGCUGGUACUGAAGAUAGCGAUGAUAUGGAGUUGAGUUUAAUGCUGAAACGGAGGCUAAGUGGUCAGAGAUAUCUUGUUGUAUUGGAUGACAUCUGGGAUAGUAAAGAUUGGAACGAUUUGAUGUUGUGUUUUCCUGAUGACAACGUGGGAAGUAGAAUAGUAUUCACAACUCGACUUGCAGAUGUGCCUCUACAGGUUCAAUCUGGGUGCUACCAGCAUCCUUUGCGUUUCUUGAAUGAAAAAGAAAGUUGGGAUUUACUUCGAUACAAGGUGUUUCUUGAUGAAGCUUGUCCAUCAUCGUUGGUUGAGAUCGGAAAACAGAUAGCUAGCAAGUGUCACGGACUCCCACUUUCGAUUGUAGUGAUAGCUGGAGUUCUUGCAAAUGACAGAACAGCGCAAUGGUGGAGUCAGGUGGCCCAAGAUAUGAACUCUAUCGCCAGUACUGCCCCUGAGCAGUACAUGGACACACUAGUAUUGAGUUACAAUCAUUUGCCAGAUCACUUGAAGCCCUGUUUUCUCUACUUUACAGCAUUCCCGGAGGACUAUGAAAUACCAGCUUGGAAGUUAAUUCUGUUAUGGGUGGCGGAGGGAUUCGUCAAAAUUCAAACAACUGAAUACAACUCGGAGGAUGAGAGGAACAUGUUGGAGGAAGUAGCAGCACACUACUUGAAGGAUCUAAUUAGCAGAAGUCUAAUAAUAAUUUCCAAAAGGAGGUCAAAUGGUGGAAUCAAAUCGUGUAUUGUUCAUGAUGCCUUGCGUGAUUUGUGUAUUAGAAAAGCAGACGAGGAGAAUUUUAUGCACCAUAUUCCAAAUAUCUCUGAAUAUUUUCAUUCUAUAGUGGAAACUCCGAAAGCAUUUCUGGUACAGAGACUUUACUCACGAGAAAAUUAUACGGAGGGAUUCUUCUCGCCACCACAGGGGAACUUCUGCUUCCCUAAAGAUACCCCAAAUGUCCAAACAAUAUUGGCCUACAAUGGAUCGGGUAAGUCUUAUGUAAAAGUAAUGUAUAUAAAUAGCUAUAAUUUAAACAUUCUCCUAGUAUUCAAGUGUCUCAGAGUUAUGGACAUUUCUAGUAUCGGUAUAGAUAGAAUUCCCAUGGCCAUCGAAUCUCUACAACAGUUAAGGUAUCUUGCACUUUGCAUUGAGGCCUGUUUUGGUGGCACAUCAUUACGCAAACUCAAACAUCUAGAAACUUUCAUUGUGCGUAGUCAAUAUAAAUCUGUUCUACCUGAUGGACUAUUAGAGUGUUACAAGCUGAGACACCUUAUCUUAAAAGGAAACUUUCGUUGCAUAACUCAACUAGAUGACUUAGAAACUCUUUCAAGUCUCCAAACUCUUUCGCUCCCAAUUUCGCUUGCUGAUGUUGAGAAAAUCUUGGGAGUUACUCCGAAUGUACGAAAGCUGACUUUGAGUAAAGAUCUAUAUCUAUCCUGGAGAUCAUUGACGAUUCCUAAUCUUGCCAAGUUACAAUAUCUCGAAAGUUUGAGUUUGCGAAACAAUUUAGGUCGGAGUUCCUCUGACGAGCUAGUAUUUAGGGAGUUAUCCAGUCCAAGUAUGUUUCCAAUAACACUAAAGAAACUUACACUGGUAUGCACCUUUCUGAAAUGGGAUGAAAUGAAAAAAAUCGGGAUGCUUCCCAAUCUCGAAGUUCUCAAAUUACAGUACCAGGCAUUCCGUGGAGAACACUGGGAAACACAUGAUGGCGGGUUCUGCAGGCUCAAACAUUUGUCAUUCAAGUUCAUGAGAAUCGUGAAAUGGAGUGCCUACAGUGAUCAAUUUCCAAACCUUCAGCAUUUGAAGUUGGAUGAAUGUGUGAAACUCGAGGAAAUCCCAAUCGCUAUUGGAGAUAUAUACACCUUGGAUAUGAUUGAGAUCAGAAAUUGCAACCCGGCUGUUGUGAAAUCUGCACAUAGAAUCAAAAAAGACCAAAUGAACAAAGGGAACGAUCUGCUAAAGGUUUUGAUGCUGGUAACGAAGAUAGCGAUGAUAUGGAGUUGAGUUUAACGCUGAAAAGGAGGCUAAGCGGUCAGAGAUAUCUCGUUGUAUUGGAUGACAUAUGGGAUAGUAAAGAUUGGAACGAUUUGAUGUUGUGUUUUCCAGAUGAUCAUGUUUUAAGUAGAUAAGUGUGCCUCUACCGGCUAAACCUGGCUGCUACCAGUAUCCAUUGUGUUUCUUAAGUGAAAAAGAAAGUUGGGAUUUACUAUACAAGGUGUUUCUUAAUGAAAGUUUUCCAUCAUCAUUGGUUGAGAUCGGAAAAAAGAUAGCUAAAAAGUGUCAGGGAUACCACUUUCAGUUGUAAUGAUUGCUGGAAUUCUGGCAAAUGCCAAGACAACACACUGGUGGAGUCAGGUGGCCCAAGAUAUGAAUUCUAUCGCUAGUAAUGCUCCAAAGCGGUACAUGGACACCCUACUCUUGAGUUACAAUCAUUUGCCAGAUUACCUGAAACCAUGCUUCUCUACUUUGCAGCAUUCCUGGAGGAUCAUGAAAUACCAGCGUGGAAGUUAAUUUUGUUAUGGGUGGCUGAGGGUUUCAUUAAAAUCCAAACAGUAGAAAACAACUUGGCGGACGAGGGAAACAAUGUGGAGGAGUAGCAGCACAGUACUAGAAGGAUCUAAUCACAGAAGUCUGGUAAAAGUUUCCAAGAGAGGAUCAAUUGGUGGAAUUAAAUCGUGUAUUGUUUCAUGAUGCUCUGCGUGAUUUGUGUAUUAAAAAAUGCAGAUGAAGUAAAAUUUCUGCAGCAGAUUCCAAUAUUUUACAAAUAUAAUUCUUUUUACCAGCAUUCUGUUUCUGAAGCAGAAGCUCCUCCCAUAUGUCUAGUACAGAGGCUCUAUUCUCCAGACGUUGAUGGGGAUAUUUUCAUUAGGCAACUGACAAGGUACUUUCAUCUCAAAAGUCCACAGACACCUAAGGGAAAGACUCUCCUUUAUCCUUCCUAGAGCACUUAUCAGGAUCAAAUACAUAUAUAGAAAGAGUUUGUACCCAAAUGUUAAAACAAUAUUAGUCUACAAUAGACCGAAGAAUUUUUCUGCCGAAGUAAGGUACAAGAACUGCUAUCCUUUCGAUGUUCUCAGAGUAUUCAAAUUUCUCAGGAUGAUGGACUUAUCUAGUAUUGAACUA